GUCAAUAAAUGCUGGCCUACUGGCUGUGGAAGUUGGUCUUAUUUGCUAUACAUGUAUGUAUCGGAGGCAUUAUUAUCCGGAAACUGGUUCGGAUUAGGAUCUCACGUGGAAUUCCUUUUGCGGAUUUUUCAGACAUUAGCACUGAUCGAAGUGUUGCACGCUGCGCUGGGACUUGUUCGAUCAUCUCCUUUUACAACGGCAGUACAAAUAAGCUCUCGGGUGUUUGUGGUUUGGGGUAUUCUUUUUUUAUUACCGGAAGAACAAUCCAUCGGAGUUCCAUUGAUAUUAAUCUCUUGGUCCUUUGCUGAAAUUAUCCGUUAUGUGUUUUACAUGCUGAAUAUUUGUAAUAUUUCUUCCUCCCUUAUCACGUGGUUGAGAUAUUCGGCUUUCAUGUUUCUUUAUCCAACCGGCAUUACGGUAAGUUCUCUAAAGGAAACCGAUCGCUACUCUUUUGCGUUGCCAAACAAGCUGAACUGUAGCUUUGACUAUCAGUUCACUAUUCUCAUGAUAAUGGCUUCUUACGUUCCAGGUAAGAGGAGUAACUUCCUGAAAUCUCGGUUUUCAGCUGCACCUAGACUGUACCUGUACAUGCUGUCACAAAGACGAAGGGUUUUCAAGACCAAACUACACUGA